AUGCCCGCCAUGCUGAGACCUACAGCCACAGCGGUCGACUCAAACCCGCCAACAUACAUGGAUACCUUCCUAAAAGCUUUUGACAAAAUAUGUCGGCAAUUCUGGGACAAGCACUACAGCCAGACACCUACCUCUGCUCCUCCAGUCCAGGCUGAGGUCCCCCAGAGGUGCAUGAUCAGCCGUCCUCGCAUCCCCACAUGUGUGCGGCAUUUCCCCACAUGGACUUCGCAGAACAAAAAGGAGCAACAAGCCAUCCUGGCGUACACUCACCCUGCACAACUUAGACCUACAGGUCGGCUGCAACUCACCCCGCCAAGGGUGAUGUACACUGCUCCAUCCUCACCGUGA